GCACUCAUCGUAAGACACGCUUUCUCUUUCCCGUCGAUUGCGACGUUAGCGACAUCACUGAAAAGCAACCAUGGCGUCUGAACCCGUCAAGGCGCUGACUUCCUGUGGCAUUUCCGAGGCGUACGCGGAGGAGCUUGCCACCCGGCACAAGAGUGAGCAUGAACGGAUGAUUAAGGACCCGGUCGGUUUCAUCGAAGAUCAUUGGUACGCGGACAUCAACCUGGGGUCUCUCACGAAUGUGUACAACCUGUCCGAGAUGCGCGACGCGUUUCUCAAGUUGCACAUCAAGCCUGACCUCGCAGAAGCGAUCACGAAGCGGUCAGGGCACGACGAGCAGCAGUUUGGGCAUCGCGAUGCAGUUGAGUGGGCUGUCAUCGCCAUUUCUGGACAGCACCAGCGGGCGAGCAAGGCAUGACUGUGUGCCGUCUAGUAGUUGACGAGAAACGUGAAGUACGUAUUUGACAGAGUUGUGUUGAAUUUGUAGCCAAGGUUAUCAAAUUAUGUCUGCCAAGCUCAACAUUGUUAUGCUCACUCGUGUGUUUUGCU